GCCCCGCGGACGCCAAUGCCCGCCUUUUUCCUGAGGACGCAACACGCAGGCGCGGCCGGACCCGAGAUCCCGCGCCGCACAAUGAGUUGCGCCUGCGCCGGCAAACGCCCCGCCCCUCCUCCUCUGGUCCUCUAUAAAGCCUCGAGCUUCUCCUCGCGAGAGACUUCGUUCUCAUGCUCGCUGCAGGGGUCGGAGGUCAGAGCGAGCGUCUCGCGGGCCGUAGGAGGAAGAUGGCGGUGGAGUCGCGCGUUACCCAGGAGGAAAUUAAGAAGGAGCCGGAGAAACCGAUCGAUCGGGAGAAAGUAUGGGGUCCGGAAAGAGGUGGAGACGUGCCCGCUGCUGCUGCGUGUUUUCACCACCAAUAACGGCCGCCACCACCGAAUGGACGAAUUCUCCCGCGGAAACGUACCGUCCAGCGAACUGCAGAUCUACACUUGGAUGGAUGCAACUUUGAAAGAACUGACUAGUUUAGUAAAAGAAGUCUACCCAGAAGCUAGAAAGAAGGGCACACACUUCAAUUUUGCAAUUGUUUUUACAGAUCCUAAAAGGCCUGGCUAUCGAGUAAAGGAGAUUGGCAGCACCAUGUCUGGGAGGAAGGGGACUGAUGACUCCAUGACCCUGCAGUCGCAGAAGUUCCAAAUAGGAGACUAUCUGGACAUAGCAAUCACCCCUCCAAAUCGGGCACCGCCUCCUUCAGGGCGCAUGAGACCAUAUUAAAUUUUAUUUACUAUUCCUUGAAUUAUUUUUCGUUCAGUUAUGUAAAAUAAACUUUUUCCUCCCCUCGUCA